GACCCCACCUGGCCUCCCUGGUACCGGCCCAACUGUCUGGUCGUAACAUCAGGUCUCCUCUCCUUUGGCCAAGUCCCUUUGGCCUUUAAGUAUCGUGUAGCCAAACCAAAAUCUGGUCGUUCGUCGACAGAACGUCGCCACGCCCUUCUUUCUUCCCUGUUGUCGACGGAUACCGUUGAGAUGCCUUCCUGCAGUCCCUGCCGUGCCAAAGGCGCAGCGUCUUGUCAGGUAUCUCCUCAGGAUUCUGCUCGCUGUGUGGAGUGUGUUCGUUCCAAUCGCUCUGGGUGUGACGUGUUGGGUCUGUCCGCUGCUCAAAUCCGUCACAUUGGUCGUCAGCACUCGAAGUUGGAUGCGGAGGUCGAGGCGCUUGAGGAGCAGAUCCAUGUGCAGCAGGCGAAGUUGCUUCGUCUGCGAAAACAAAAGAAACUGUGGUUUGAAAAGAUGAUGCGAGCUGUGUCUCGCGGAAUUGAUGACUUGGAGGAAUUGGAUCGGGUGGAGCGUAAGGAGGCGGAACAGGAGGAGCGUCGACGAUCAACCGAGGUCCUGCCUGAAGUGUCCUUGGAGUCGCUUCUUCCGGAUUCCAAUUUUGUCUGGGAUUCGACUUUCCCGAUGGGUCCUCUGAAUCCUUCGUUGUUGGAUGAGAUGAAUGUUCUUGCGCAACAUUCCGUUGGUUCGUCUGGUGGUAUGGUUUCGAGUCCUGGUCGGCCCUUAACUUCUGGGAAUGAUCCAACUCCUAAUAGUACUGGCGGAGCGGUUCCUGGCAAUCCUGGAGGUGGUUAAGGGGUUCCCAAGUGUUUUCUUCAUGCCCAUAGUUUUCCCAUUUAACAAGGUACUCUGUUUUGCCG